UGUUGACGCGCAACUACCAUGUUGUUCGCAGAAGUCCGAUACUACCUCUCUGAAUCUUUCCCCACGAAAAAGUAUCAAGAACUCAGAAAAGAACUCGAUCAGAAUGGUGCAAAAUGUGUCGAUUCACUAACGAACUGCACGCACGUUAUUACCGACUCCUCCGUGUUUGAAGGGUACAAGGAAGCUGGUGAGAAUAUGGUUGUGGUCUCGGAUUUAUGGGCUACACGUUCGAUCACGCUGGGCAAGCUACAAGAUCCUGCGUUUUACUCAGCAGAUCCGGGAAUGAUAUUUUCCGGCAUUAUUGCAUGCGCUACAAAUUUGUUACCAGUUGACUUGGAAGUCCUUUCUGCUGGUAUAGUUGCUCUUGGUGGUCAAUGGCGGAGGCAGUACACCAAGGACGCUACACACUUGUUUACGCUUCACGAUGGUUCUAUCGAUUAUCAGAAUGCGAUGGAAUUUCAGGCAGAGAGUGGUAUGAAGAUUGUUACCCCUCAUUGGUUCGAUGACUCAGUCAAACUGGGAGUACGAAAUCUGGACACAUCACCGUACGAGUGGCCGGAUCCGCUGGUGCUCAAGCGGGGAAAGCAGAAGCAACAAGAAGUCGUGAAGAAAGUGAAAAGUUCGGAUCCAGCUAAGGAGGCGCUGUUCAAGACAGCUGCAUGGGAUUCUGACUCUGAUAUUCCAAAUACAUCCGGAAAUGCAGUGUACGGAGGGCGGCGGGUUUUGUUGAGUAGGACGCUGGAACUUGGAGACAGAAUAGUGGCAGUCGAGAGUGGUAUCAGGAGAGCCGGCGGUAAAGUGGUCAAGCACAAGAAGAUGGAAGACGAACUGGUAAAAGUUGACGAAUGUGACAUUUUCAUAACUAGAUUUCGUGGUGGUGCAGGAUAUUUCAAAGCCGUGAAAACAGGAAAGACGAUAGGGACUCUGCAAUGGCUUUUUCACGUACAAUCCACAGGAGUCUUGACCCGACCGCUAGAUCAGUUGCUUCAUUAUCCGUACCCUUCCAAACCUAUUGAAAAUUUUACCAGCCACCAAAUCACGAUAUCGAAUUAUACAGGAGAAGCUCGUGAAUAUCUCAAGCGGCUCAUUGCUGCUAUGGGUGCCCAAUUCACCCCAACGAUGUCAAAUCGCAACACAGUGCUUGUAGCCGCUGAAGUGCACAACGGGGCUAAAGCAGAACGAGCACUCGCAUGGUCGAUUCCCAUCGUAAACCACCUUUGGUUGGAAGAUUGUUUUGUACAAUGGCGCAAUCUCACAACUGGACUGGAGAAAUAUCUGGCUCAUCCACCAGGAUUCGACUUCUACACCUGUCUAGGCCAGCGUGGGGUUUCAAAGGCAGUAGAGGAUUUAGAGGAAAUUGUAAAGGCAGAAGUCGAGGAGCAGGAAGCAGAACUGGUGGUCUUAGGCAAUGACGUUGCCAUUGGGAUACCUCCCGGAACGGAGAAUAGCGCAAGGGAUGCUACAGAAGUCGCAAAUUUCAUUGAACCUGGCCCCGUGGACGUCGAUGGGGGGGCGGCUGAUCAUGAUAUGGAUGUGGACGGACCCAUAACACCGAGAACAUCGCCAAUGAAACUUGCAAAAUCCCCUGCCUCGAAAUCUGCGUCGAAACAGACUAAGACUCUGUCAUCUCGUUCUCAUCGUAAGAAAGAACCAGAAGAAAAGGCUGCUGCGGAAGACGACGAACCUUUUGAGAAACGACUGUCCAAAGUCUACGGUCGAGCAACCCGAUCUCGAAAUUUGGUCAGUCAGGAAGACGACGGUCUAUCGAUGGAAGUAGAUCAAGAAAAAGAGAAUAAAGUUGCGCAGGUAGUGACCAGGAAAGCCUCUAACUCGGGGGUCAGCAAGGGAAAGGUGACACUUCUUGUUUCAAGCGACGAUGACAGUCCACUGUCCUCCCCGCCGCAGAAGAGGUUCCCACAUAGAAAGAAAAUUCAGAUCAUGUCGAAUGAAUGGAGGAGUGAAGAUGAGCUGUCGCCAGGGAAAUCGUCGUCAAAACACAACAAGGGCGAGGGAUCAAGUCGUAUCGGAAUCAGUGUCUCCCCUACGAGAAGCAUGGUUGACGUCGUUGUCCCUACACUCCAGUCCAUUACUUCGCCACCUGGUCAACGGUUGACGAAAAGCGAGAGCAUUCAUGUAGCCGCUAAAGAACAAGGAAAUCGGAAACGAAAUUCGAAAGCUUCGAUACCUCCGUCAUCUCCACCGGUUUCGUCCGCCACCACGAGGGUUAAACGGUCUGCAGCCACAAAAGCGACUGAAAAACUGCACAAUCAAGUUAUGCCAGACGUUUUGAGCUACCAGCAGCAGUUGAAGAAUUCGAAAACGAAGGGAGGAAGGAAAAGUUUGGGUGCUUUCUCUUUGGUAGACGAGCCGCAUAAUGUCCGUCGAGCAUCAAGGAUACAUUCCGCCGAAGAGGAGGGUGAAUCAGAAGUGGAUCCACCGUCUACGUCCGGCAAGCUGCAGAAGCAGAAAGGAAAAAGGAAGUUCAUCGAUGCAGAGGAUGAGGUGGAGCGAGGACUCGUGAAGUCGAAGAAAGGAAAGAAACUGGAAGUGGACGAUGAAGGAGAGGAAGGAAAUGUUACCACCGCUACGUAUCACGGUGGAAAGAGGAAAGCCGGGUCCAAAAUUGACAGGGAUAGAUUAGAUAAGGUCGAAGUUGAGGAAACUGACGCGGAAAUAUCAAGCAGACAGAAAAAGCGCAAGGUCGAGAUGAUGACAGAGAUCCGAAUGUUGACAACGCAGGUGACUUUGAGGGAUGAGGUCUCAAAGAUGUUGUUCAAGCUCGGGGUGAAGAUGGCAAUGGCCUCGAAGCCUUGGGAUUGCACUCAUUUGAUAGUGAAAUCCCUCGUACGCACAGAAAAGUUUCUGUGCGCAGUUGCUAUAGGAGCAUAUAUUGUUUCCGAAAAGUGGGCUAUUGAGUGUGCCAACGCGAGGAGAUUAUUACCGGAAGAAAAGUAUAUUCUUCAUGACCCAGAGGGAGAAGCUAAAUAUGAUAUGAACCUGAAGGUGUCUUUAGAACGUGCUCGGAAGAGUAAAGAAGAAAAGAAUAGACUGCUAGAACGACAUAUAUUCUAUGUCACUCAUAGGGUUCCUGCAGACGUUAAAAUGUUGAAGAACGUCGUCACAGCUUGCGGUGGACAGUUUACUUCGCAAACUCCAACCCCCCGAAUAAUUGAAAUCAGUCCUGCGAUGCGACAUGUGAUAUCGUGCCCCGAGGAUGCCAAUGUGUGGGGCCCGAUUGCUCAGAAAGGUCAUAAGAUCUAUACGCAGGAGUUACUUUUGACUGGGGUUUUGAGACAGGAAAUUGAGUGGGGAAACGAGAAAUGGAUGGUCGAGGGAAGUUUCUGA